AUGAAGGACAAGAAAACAGUUUUCCAGUGUAAGGUGGUUAAAAGACUGAGGGGGUUUUGUACGUCGGAGCAUGGCGGUUCUAUUGCUGGGCCUCGACAACUAGAGCAGAAGCUCGACAGGUCGGCAAAUUGCAGAUUCGACAAAGAUUUCUACAGCGGGUUCGACAACUUUCAAGUGUUGGAUGACGGUGGUUUCAUCUGGGUUCCAUAA